ACAGAAAGAAUCUCCGCAGUCUCCUGUGACUCUGCAGACGCUCAGACCGGUUUUGCGGGGAGGGCUGCGAAAUGGCCACUAACCUGGACAAAGACCUGAGUUGCCCGGUUUGUCUAGAAGUUUACCGAGACCCGGUGUUGCUAAGGUGCGGCCACAACUUCUGCAGAACCUGCAUACAAAGACACAUGGACGAGUCGGAGGGGGUGUUUACGUGUCCCUGUUGCCGAGCUGUGUUUGAGGACGAAUCCAUUUACUCCAACCUGCAACUGGCCAAUGUCAUAGCCGGACUGCAGGACCUCCUAACACAGACAAGAACAGGGCCUGACAGUCGGCGAUGUGUCAGGCACGGGAAAGAUCUUGAACUCUUCUGUCAAGAGGACAACCAGCUGGUGUGCUAUAUCUGUUCAGCCUCCCGCGAACACAGAUAUCACGACUGCGUCCCGAUAGAUGAAGGCUAUACGGAAUGCAAGGAUAUACUGAAACGUUCGAUGACAUUGCUCGAAAAUGAGGUUACAGACCAUGUGAAAAUGCGCAUUUCACAAGGGGAUAAGAUUUCACAUCUGUUGGAUACAAUGGAACAUCUGAGAGAAGAUAUAGCAGGACAAUUUAAGGUGAUGCAUAAUUUUCUCGAUGAGAAAGAACGUGCAAUCAUAGAAAAACUUGCAGACGAAGAAGAUCGUGUUCUGCAAAAGCUAGAAGAGAACGUUUUGCUGCUAUCAAGACAUUGUGACACAUUGGAAGCAAUAAUACUAGCCAUCCGUGAGGUUAUAAAUUCAGAAGACAGCUACCAGUUACUGCAGGAAUAUGACAGUCUUAAGAAGAGAUCUGAAUCAAUUUAUGAUCCAGUAUUGAAUGCACCAAUUUUCAAAGUGGAUGAAUUUUAUGGUCCUCUACAGUAUGGAGCCUGGAAACAGAUGAAGAAUAUCAUCACAAUAGUUCCAACUGCACUUCACUUCGAUCCAAGAACAGCAAAUCCUUACCUUCGCAUAUCAAACCUUGGACGAAAACUAAAGUAUUGUGAAAUUCAAUCAAAGCCGCCAGACACCCCUGAGAGGUUUACGAACCACCUCAGUGUUUUUGCUUCAGUGGGUUUAACCUCAGGAAUACAUUACUGGGAGAUAAAUGUCAGUGAAGGUGCUGACUGGCUUCUCGGUGUGGCUGCAGCAUCAGUCAAUAGGAAGGUGUGUGCAGUAACCAAACCGGAGAACGGAUAUUGGACCAUAGGACAUAGAAUUGGGGAAAAUUAUCGGGCCUACGGCAAUGAAAAAGUCACCAUCAACCUUGAUAUUAAUGCCAAAAUGAUUGGCAUUUACCUCGACUACGAGAAAGGACAGUUGUCAUUUUACAAUGCCGGGGACAUGUCGCAUAUUCAUACUUUCAACGACAAGUUUACGGAGAAACUUUACCCGUAUUUUAGCAUCAAUCACAAUGAACAAUAUGUAGCACCAACCUUAGAGCUUUUCCAUUUACAGUUCUGAUCAUGGCCCAGACCUUCUGUUCCCUGGAGGAUCGUACCCCAGAUGUGCCCUGACAGUUGUACGAGGGGAUGAGGGCGGGGUCCCCUUGGUUGUCACCACACAAAAAACUGCAUCAGAAUUGCCCAGGAAGUUUCAGCUCCCACUGGUCAAUUACCCUGCAGCUGGAACACUCCGAAACUUCAAUUUAAAGUCAGAGACUUCAGGUGGUUCCAACUUUCCUAGCACAGUAAUUAUCCAGGAAAGUUAGAAGUAUUUAAACCACUUCUAAUUCCUCAGUAACUGAUGCCCACAGCGCACCC